CUUGACGUCAUAUUGCAAAAUGCUGAUUUUCCCCUCUUGUUGGAUUCCAAGCUGAAAACAAAGCCAGGUUAAUGGUGUAGGCUAUCUGUUUAAUCCUGUUCAAACCAAAUGGCGGAACGUGAAGAAGAUGAAACGGAAGUGCCAAGACCGGUUAAGAUGAAAAGCAAAGCACGUCACUACGUCAGCGCCCAAGGAACAUCAGUGGACCCUGACUAUCUCACGACGGAAACAACCAAGAAACAAGAUGAACAAAACGAUCUGAAAACGAAAAUCAUCAAGAAAGAAGAUAUAAAGACGGAAAGAACCAAGAAAGAAGAUAUAAAGAAAAAACGAACCAGGAAAGAAGAUCAAAUGACGGAAAGAACCAAGAAAGACGGUCUGAAGACAGAAACGACAGAGAAAGAAGAACCAAAGCCGGAAAUCACCGACAGACGAGAUGGGUCAUACGAGUUUCUGAAGAGUCUAUGGGAAUCGCAGGAUCUCACUCUCGAUCCAGGGGGAAAGGUCGAUUACUACUGGAUGGGAAUCGUCGCCAUUGCCGUUGUCUACAACUGUGCCACUGUUAUCUUACGAGUGACCUUCUCAGAUCUCAGACAACGUCCAGUGUACCAAUGGUUGUUUUUCUUCCUGGACGCGCUGUUUGACCUAGUUUACCUGCUGGACAUCCUAGUACAAGCGAGGACGGGGUAUUUACACGACGGCUGUCUGGUGUUACAGGUUCCCAGACUCGUGCAGAACUACCGGAAACAGUCUUAUUUCGUGACGGACAUCGUAGCGAUUUUACCCUUCCAUACCCUGUACAAUAUGUUUGCAGGAACACUUAAUUCAUUUAACGUAUUUUACUUCGACGUUCACCCUUCUCAAUUAGUGAUCCCCAUUCUGAGACUAGUUCGGCUGCUGAAAUACGACACGGUGACACGAUUCUUUGAAAUAACAGACAGUCGAACCAGCAACCCGAACUUGCUGCGAGCCUUCAAGUUAUCUCUCUAUCUGUGGCUGGUCAUUCACUGGAUUGGAUGCAUUUACUACAUGAUAUCUGAGUAUGAAGGUCUCGGAUCCAACGAGUGGGUUUACACAGCAUUAAAGAAUAACAGACUUACACGGAAAUACAUUCGCUGCAUGUUUUGGUCAAUGAUGACGUUGACGACCAUAGGGGAGAGACCGCCCCCUGAAACGGACCUGGAGUACGUGUUCACCGGGAUGAUAUUUCUCAUUGGAGUCUUCGUGUUUGCGGCGGUCGUUGGCAACGUCGGCGAUGUGAUCAGCAACAUGCACGCCGCCAGACAAGAUUUCCAAUCACGAAUGGAUCACAUCAAGUUCUACAUGCAGCACCGCCGUAUUCCCGAGGAACUGCAGGAGAGAGUGAAGAAAUGGGGGGAAUACUCCUGGUCCAGAACGCAGGCCACAGACGAACCAGCCUUGUUGCGCUAUCUGCCUGACGGACUGCGCACUGAGAUCGCCCUGCACGUGCAUCUGAACACUCUGAAAAAGGUGAAAAUGUUUGAGGAAUGCGAGGAGGGACUACUGAGAGAGUUGGUCCUCAAACUGAGGCCACAGAUCUUCUCUCCAGGAGACUACAUCUGUAAAAUCGGCGAGAUAGGACGAGAAAUGUAUAUCUUGGACCACGGGAAAGUUGAGAUUUUAGUGCCAAAUCCAUUCUGUAGUACCAAUAUCCAGAUUGCGAUCCUCACACCAGGGAACUACUUUGGAGAAAUCAGCUUACUGAAACUCGGUAAAAACAGGCGAACUGCAGACGUUAGAGCCAUUGGCUUCUCACAAAUUCUGUGUCUUUCAAGAAAAGACUUACUUUCCGCGCUGGUAGAAUAUCCGGAUGCUAAGGCAAUCUUAGAGCAGCAAGCCAAAGAGAGAAUGGUGCAGAUGAUGGGAGUCAGUAGCACUAACAUGGGAUUGGAUCCAGGUAGUCAGAACGUACCUGAUGCUGUGGCGGAAGUGAUAAAACAGAAAGGUAUCCAGAAAGUCCCACUGAAAGGAAACGAACGGACCGAAUUGAGUGAACUACGACAGAUAAUAAAUGACCUGACAGCUAUGAAAUCUCAGGCACGGUCAGACAAAGAGGAGUCACUGAGUCAGAAGUGCCAGUCACUUGAAGCCGAAUGUAAAGAAAAGGAUGCUGAAUUACUAAAAAGGAACAACAGAAUAAUACAGCUAGAAACCAUCCUGAAAAUGACAGGUGCACUUUAUGAUGAGCUGGACGAUGAUUUGCUGAAAACGGAUUCCAUGAACAGUGUUUUUAAAUUUAAACAGACUAAAUUUUCGGACAAACAGUCAGAACGACGCAGCAAACUCUCUACAGACAGUACAUGCAAUAAAAAGACCGACUCCAAAUUAAAUGAAUCUUCUAACACUGUACCUAGUUGUAGUAGUGAUAGGUUAAAAGAUGAAACGGAGUCUUUCGGCGGCCUGAUCAGUGCCUGUUCCUCUUCUAGUCAGAUGGUAAAUGGCGAGUCUAACGAAACAGUGAUAGAAGUGACACCACCACUAACUUCAGAUAGCGUUGACGCACCAGAUGCUGUUGAGAUGACUGAACAAACUAGUGGUCACAAUCUGGUGGAGGAGGACAUCGUUACGUCGUCAGAUGACUCUUCAGAUGAGGAAAAUACGAACGAUGUUGAGCUCACCUGACUCUAAGGGCCAUGUGAGCAUAUGGCGUGGCGUGGCGUCCAUACAUCAUUCGUCAACGUUUUACCUUUUUGACUUCUCCUCAAGUGCCACCAAACAGAUUUCAACCAAACUUGUUCCAAAUGACCCUUGCAUGGCUCUAACAAAGUCUUGUUACUUUUCGGGACAACUUGAAAUCCAAGAUGGCCGUCCGAGACAAUUUUUCAACUUCUCAAACCAGGCAUAUUUCAACAAAACUUAAUAUAAAUCUUCUCGUGGAUUUGACCAAGUGUUAUUUUUCGGGCGGAAUCAAAAUUCAAGAUGACUGCCAUAGCCUCUGAUUGGGUUAGGUAUUUUAAAAUUCUUCUCAAGUUCCAUCAUGCAGAUUUGAAUCAAACAUGAUACAAAUGAUUUUAUCAUGGCCUCCGCCAAUUGUUGUUAUUUUUCUCACCGAUUUCAAAUAUAUAUGGCUGUUCUGGCCUCUGACUGGCUAAAAGAAAAUUCGACUUUUCCUCAAGAUCCACCAUGUAUAUUAAAUUUCAACCAAAGAUGGUACAAUUAAUCCUGUCUGGUACAAUUGAUCCUGUCUGAUACAAUUGAUCUUUUCUGAUACAAUUGAUUCUGUCAUGACUGACCAUCGCCAGUUUACAUCUUCAUGUAUUCCCUAAUUAUGUCACAGGUGAAAUUAGAUUUCGCAAAAUGUCAAGGCAUAUGUUGUGAUAAAAGUGAAUCAUUUAUUGUCUCGGGUUACAAUACAUACAUGAUAUUAUUCACAUCUUUCAUUUCAUUUCAUUGCAAAUUAUCUUCGUGCUUAUAUCCAAUUAAGUUUCAUACACCUCAGUUAUCUGGGCUGUCUGUCCAGGACAG